AUGCCUUACAACACGCGCCGCAAAUCGUUGUCCCUGCCCAGCCUGGGCAUACACGUCCCCGUCACGCACGCCUCUCGCGCUGCUGCCUCGUCCAAAAGCACAUCUCGCGGGGCCUCGACUUCGGCGUCCGCCACACCCGCGGCCAGUUCCUCGCGCUCAGAAUCUCCAGAUGCGCACCCCAACAAGCGCAUCAAGAAAUCCCAUGCCGCAGAUACUGCCGUCAUCGAGACGACACCGCCGCCCUCGCCUCCCCGAGCCAUUAGCGAGGAGAUGCCAGAUGCCGACGCAGCCCAGAAGAUCGAUAUCGAGAGCAUUAAGGACGACAUUGUCGAAGCAGUUGUUGUCCAGCUACAGUCGACCGCCAAUCGCCCUCAUCUCAUCAAGGAGUUGGCGACCGUUCUCAUGCAGUCAUUGACGGCUGUACAACAAUCUGCAAACCCCUGCGCCAUCAUCUCAUCCCGCCUCGCCUCCUACAUGAAGCGGACCUGCUGGUCUGCCUCAGCGCCCUGUCCACUGGGCAAAGAGCUUGAGGCAGUACACCCGCGACGCACCUACUACUUCCUUACAAAUCUUCCUAGGCAGCCACUCCCAGACUUUAGCGCAAGUCUUCAGGUUGCCUCUCUCACCCCAUCAGUAUCUCUUACCGAGGAUUCUGGCUCAGAUGACAUCGAGGCAAGGCGACGUGAACUGAGCCCUUCUCCCGAGGUGGACCUGUCUGCCACCGAGUUUGACAAUACCGAUGACGAUAUCUUAAUGCCCAUGACCCCCAUCGGAUCCUUCUCUUCACAUCAGAGCAGAGUUAUCCUUAGCCCCCGCAACAACGCCCCGCCUCUGGAGAAGGAUGAGCGGGAAUUCACACAGACUGCAGAUGGCCUGCAGAAGCGCAAACUAAACGCGGAAGUCCCUCAGCCAGAAACCGUCGAGCGCCACAGCAUCGCCAUGAUGGACUACUAUCGGGACGACGUAUGGUUUUCCGAUAGCCGCCCCAGCGCGACCACCACUUUUCUCGCUAGCCCCUCCAUCAAGCCGAGCAUUUCCGCUGGUCGGAAAGAAGACGACGCUGACGCUUGGGAAAGACUCAACAAGCUGUUUGAGUGGGGCAAGGGCGCCGAGAGCAUCGAGAUAGACGAGCUUGAUUGCUUGCUAGAUGCAUGCUGA